AUGAGCAGGAAGAUCUUCCUCAAGAUUGUGAAUGCCAUCCGGGAGUUCGACAACUAUUUGAUUUGCAAGAAGGAUUGCACCGGCACAGUUGGAUUCUUCUCACUCCAGAAGUGCACGGUGGCUAUGAGGAUGCUUGCAUACGGAGCUCCUGGUGAUACACAUGAAGACUAUGGACGCAUGGCCGAGUCCACCACCAUUGAGUGUUUGUACAAGUUCUGCAGGUGCUCAAAUGUCUUUUCCAAGCUUGUUAAAGGUCAUGCUCCUCCGAUGAACUUCGAGGUUAAUGGGCGCCACUACAACAAGGGAUACUACCUAGCAGAUGGCAUCUAUCCAAGAUGGUCAACAUUUGUGAAGACUAUCUCAAACUCUGUGCCAGGAGGCAAGAACUCCUACUUUGCUAAGUGUCAGGAGGCUUGCAGGAAGGAUGUCGAGCGGGCAUUUGGUGUGUUCAAUAUCGAUUUGCUGUUGUCAGGUACUCCACUCUGA